AUGGCGACGAUGGAGUUGGACACCACGCUACCGGAGGCCACACUUGAAGAGACGUGCUCCGCCAAGCCGGCGACGAAGCAAGGCGAAGGUCUUAGGCACUAUUAUCUUCAACAUAUUCAGGACCUCCAGCUUCAACUCCGCCUGAAAACUCACAAUCUCAAUCGUCUCGAAGCUCAGCGAAAUGAGCUCAACUCUAGAGUGAGGUUGCUUCGUGAAGAACUUCAGCUGCUUCAGGAACCUGGAUCGUACGUUGGCGAAGUGGUCAAAGUCAUGGGAAAGAAUAAGGUUUUAGUGAAGGUGCAUCCAGAAGGGAAAUAUGUUGUUGAUAUAGAUAAAAGCAUUGAUAUUACAAAAAUCACCCCAUCAGCUAGGGUUGCUCUUCGAAAUGACAGCUAUGUUCUUCAUUUAGUUCUGCCAAGCAAAGUCGAUCCAUUGGUGAAUCUUAUGAAAGUUGAAAAGGUCCCUGAUUCUACUUAUGACAUGAUUGGUGGUCUUGAUCAGCAAAUUAAGGAGAUAAAAGAGGUCAUUGAGCUUCCAAUCAAGCAUCCAGAAUUAUUUGAAAGUCUUGGAAUAGCUCAACCAAAGGGUGUCUUGCUAUAUGGCCCUCCUGGCACUGGGAAAACGCUUUUGGCUCGAGCAGUAGCACAUCACACUGAUUGUACUUUCAUCAGGGUUUCUGGUUCCGAGUUGGUACAGAAGUACAUUGGAGAGGGUUCUAGGAUGGUUAGAGAACUUUUUGUGAUGGCCAGGGAACAUUCUCCAUCUAUCAUUUUCAUGGAUGAAAUUGACAGUAUUGGGUCAGCUCGUAUGGAAUCUGGGAGUGGUAAUAGUGAUAGUGAGGUGCAGAGAACAAUGCUAGAGCUUCUUAACCAGCUGGAUGGAUUUGAAGCAUCAAACAAGAUCAAGGUUUUGAUGGCCACAAAUCGAAUUGAUAUUCUCGAUCAAGCUCUUUUGAGACCUGGACGAAUAGAUAGAAAAAUUGAGUUCCCAAAUCCUAACGAGGAGUCACGUUUCGAUAUCUUGAAAAUACAUUCAAGAAAAAUGAAUUUAAUGCGGGGGAUUGAUUUGAAGAAGAUUGCUGAGAAGAUGAACGGCGCAUCCGGUGCCGAACUCAAGGCUGUUUGCACAGAAGCUGGAAUGUUUGCUCUAAGGGAAAGAAGGGUUCAUGUGACACAGGAAGAUUUCGAGAUGGCGGUUGCGAAGGUAAUGAAGAAGGAUACAGAUAAGAACAUGUCGCUGCGAAAGCUCUGGAAGUAGUAGAUCGGAGUUACCGUUCUACUCGACCCCAUUUGAGUACCUAUCCCUGUUUGGGAAUCAAAGGACGCGCUGUUGGCUGUGAUAGCAAUUCAAAAGAAUCUUCCCUCCAUGUAAGUUUCUCUAAGCCCUUACACUCAAAACGCGUCGUCCUAUUCCCCUGUUUGAAAAGUGUAAUUACUUUAGAGGACCCUCUUGAGCUGUCUGAGCUGUCUUAUACAUUUUUUCCUGAAGGGCAUUUGUACUUUCUUGUCCUCAUUCUUCUACUUUCCAGGUCUUCGGUUGAAAAAUGGCAGCAUCUUUUUCUUUUUCUUUCUUCUUUUUUUUUUUUUGUUUGUUCUCUUUUCUCGGGUAUGAAAAUAUUGAUAAAAUGUUAAUGUGAAUGGAUAAUUUUUGUUUUACAA